UGAGAGUUCAACAAGUGUCGUGGUCUGCAUCCGCCAUUGCAACUUGUUGUGCUUAGGUGAAAGAUCUUGCCGGAGCAGUGCAGUGUUUUUUUGAGAAGAGAACUAAAGUUUUGCUUUUUUAUUGGGUUUCGUUACAACUUUUAAAGGCUUUAUCGGAGUUAGACUGCCAUGGAUUUGUUCGCGGGCUUGAAAAGUUUCUUCAAAACCGAUGCAACAACUAUUGAUAACAAUGUGUUCCGCCUUCAUUACAAGGCAACUGCUGUGAUCCUUGUUGCUUUCAGCAUACUUGUUACGGGCAGGCAGUACAUUGGAGAUCCUAUUGACUGCAUAUCUAAAGAUGACAUACCUUCGAACUUACUAGACACAUUUUGUUGGAUACAUACAACGUUUAGUUUGCCAGAUGCAUGGUAUAAGAAAGUUGGAGAAGAGGUACCAUAUCCAGGUGUAGAUAAAUAUACUCCAGGAGAAAAACGUGUCUACCAUGCCUACUAUCAGUGGGUGUGUUUCGUACUUUUCUUGCAGGCUAUUCUUUUUUAUACACCAAGAUAUUUUUGGAAGGCAAUGGAAGGUGGACGAAUAAAGAACUUGAUUCUGGGUUUGAAUUCACCAAUUUUACCAGAAGAUACCAAGCUAGCUAAUCGUAAACUUCUUGUAGAGUACAUGGUAUCAAACUUGAAUAACCACAGUGUUUAUUUCAUGAGCUAUGCUGUUGCUGAAAUUAUGAAUUUCGUUAAUGUUGUUGGUCAAAUCUUUUUAAUGGAUGCUUUCCUUGGUGGAGAGUUUUCUACAUACGGUUCAAAAGUAAUUCAGUUCACAGGCUGGGACUGGUCUGUUCGUUACGACCCCAUGAUCAAAGUCUUCCCUCGUCUCACCAAAUGUACCUUCCACAGAUACGGUUCCUCUGGCGAUGUGCAACGUCACGAUGCUAUGUGCAUUCUACCUAUCAAUAUCAUCAAUGAGAAAAUUUAUGUCUUCCUGUGGUUCUGGUUUGUUAUUCUUGCUAUUUUAUCUGGUUUAGUAUUAGUAUACAGAGCAGUUAUUGUAUUUUGGCCCAAAUCUCGACUCAUGGUCACCCGCUCAAGAGCUCGCCUUGCCAAUCAAGAUUACCUUGAGACAAUCAUCAACAAAUGCAAACUUGGAGACUGGCUUCUUCUAGACUUGCUGUCAAAGAAUUUGGAUCCUUUGAAUUUCCGAGACGUAAUCAACGACUUCGCCAGAAAACUUGACGGGAAAAAUAUGGACAAUGUUUAAAGUUCUAAACCAGCUAAAUUAACUUGAACAUUUAGUAGUUACACAUUUCCUACGUUGUCUUUACUGAAGUUGGUGCUUGCACAUUUGUGCUCCGUGUAAAGACAACUCAUCUUGUCAUCUUAUUAAGAAAUGCUGCCACAAUCAUAUUGUGCCUUUUCCAUGAACAAUUAUAUAUUCAUAUUUUUAUAGAGAAAAAAAUUGCGCUCAAUUUGUUUUUCAUUUUUACAGGAGAUAAAUAAUUCAUUAUUCUGGAUCUGAUAUAUAAAAACUAAGAAAAAGGUUUUUUUCAAAUGACUGACUGUGCAAUAUGUGCGUACCCCUUUUUUGAAGGGUGUGAUAUUAAUUUAAUUAUUUAUUUUUAAUCAUGCAAUUACUUACAAAAAUGUUCAUGAUGUUAAUUUCCAUAUGGGGGGUCAUUAAACAUGAAAUGUUCAAAUUUUUCAGCUACCGAAUAUUUAUUUAAUUUUAAAAAUCAUACCAAAGUUUAAUAUUAUUUUGAUGAGUUGAUUUAUUUAUUGGCAAUGUUAACCAAUAAAUGUUUAAAUUAAAUCUUUUUCAAGUUUUUUUAAAUUUCAUAGCAUUAAUUUAACAUGCAUAAGAACUACAGAAUUGUCUUCUAUAAUUAGAUUUCAUUUAGUGUGAAGUGUGUGCAAUGAGACCUUUAUGUGUCUCACAGACUGAUAUUCUACACUUUGGUUCCUAUGUGCUUGUUUCAGAAAAAAUCAUCUUUGUGAUUAUAAGAUGCAUGUUUUACUGCCAUGUGUUAUGUCAAGUGCCUUGUGUCAGGUCCAUCCCAAUAAGAAAAUUUUCAUGUUCUUCCAUGCAUUUAUUCUUCAUAUCAUUUGAUGUUCAUAAAGAAUUCCAUAUAUGCUCUAUAGCAAACAGCUGGUUUUGAAUUUGAAGGGUCCAUUUUUUUUUUUUUUUUAAUUUAGGGUUUUAAUUGUAUUUUAAAGUGUGUUAAUUGUCUGCAAAAAACUGUAAAUACAUAGACUUGGGAGUUUACUGUGUGAUAAAAUAGGUGAUUAUAUUGUGACUAGAGGAAUCGUGUGCCUUUGUAAUUUAAAAUUCCAAAAGUAGCUGUAUUUUUUGGUACAUAUUAUUCAGACUAGAUAUUUUUGUAUUUUUAUUCUAUUGUCUAUUUUUUAAGUGCCACAUUGACCAAGUAUCUACAGCUUGUUAUGAAUGUAUCACACUUUAGCUAAUAAAGUCUGAUUAUUGAUGUGA